UUUGAGGGUACUAACAAAGAAAAAGCAGAAGAACUUGAUUUUUUAGCUCCGAUCACCAAAGCUAAAGAUAGACAUUUCAUCAAUCCUAUUCAUCUUCUUGAGUACUAUGAUCUCUUAAAAAUUCCUAACUAUGAUUCACAUUGUCCAUCCCUCGAUGAAACAACUUAUUCACGCCUUAGUUGUUCCAAGUGUAACAAAUACUUUCCGACACUUAUAUACUUGAUGUAUCACAAACGGUUAAUGCAUCCUACUAGUCGUGGAUGA